CGAACGGAACUGACGUCAGUCAUUUCAACUGUUGACUUUCUCAGUGCUGUUGAGGUGAUCCAUGGUAACAGUGUCCUCUCAGCCAGCAACCGGUCUGUCAUAGCGACACUUUUGUCUCAAGCUCGUACAGUACAGGACUCGAUAACUGCGAUGCUCUGAGGGACCGAUCUCAACAACCCGGCAAAUUCCGGUGCGACAAUACCGGAUUCAUGAUCCACCCACCUGAACCGCAAGCAGAGAAAUAUCGCCAGGUGCUAGUUUACUCAUCAACUUCUGUCAGACUCAGAGCAAGGAAUUUCUGGAAUGUUUAACGAUGUUUAGCCAACAGCAACCUACUUUACUUAGCUAGCCAAGCGCUGCCUACCACAACAUAAACAUAAUUAAGCAGAAAAGCAAGAAAGUACUAGGCCAGCAAUUUCAGUCAGCUGUACAGCCAUUGUACUCGGACAAAAACGCAAAAUGACGAAUAUCAUUAGCGCUAGUGCUAGCUAUCAAGGAUUCGUGAAAUGUUAGCUGUUAGUUAGCUAGACUAGCAAGCAGACAUUAUACUAAAGCUACGCAGCAAGUUACUUAUUUACUAGGGAAAGAUACCAACAAAAGUAACUGCUUUGAUCAUAUUGCUAUCUAUAUAAAACAGCACGCUAGAUACUGUACUGUAACUAAGGGAUCGUGAAGAUGGCGACUGGAACGGGUUGGCAGCAAUACUACAGCCCUGCUGGCAAUCCAUCCUCGGGAGCAGGGAAAUAUAACUCAGCAUCAUCAUCAGCAUCGACAAUGUCAUACCAGUCCGGCAUCGCCAUGGAAUAUACACAGGACCUACACCUGAAAAUGAGCAAGAAAAUAGCCCAGCUUACAAAGGUGAUCUACGCUCUCAACACCAAGAACGACGAGCACGAGGCUGCCAUCGCCACGCUGAAGGAGGCCCACGAGGAGGAGGUGCAGCAGAUUCUGACGGAGACCCGCGAGAAGAUCCUCCAGUACAAGGGUAAGAUCAGCGACGAGAUUGACCUGAAGCGCCGCAUCCAGUCCCUAGAGGAGUCCAUGGAGCAGCACGAUCGCAUGAAGCGCCAGGCGCUGGCUGAGUUUGAGAGCUACCGGCAGCGUGUGGAGGACAUGCAGCUGUGCACAGAGGCCCAGCACACGCAGCGCGUGGUCACCAUGUCCCGGGAGGUGGAGGAGAUGAGGAGGUCUUUCGAGGAGAAGCUGAGGACGUUCGGCCAGGCGCAGACCCAAUUCGAGCAGGAGAAGAAGACGGCGCUGGAGGAACUGAAGUCGGCCCAUCGCCAGGAAGUGCAGGACAUCCUGCGGUCACACCAGAGUCAGAACGCCAACUACAGCAAAGACCAGGAGAAACUGGGCCAGCUGCACAAGGCCGAGGUGGAGUCUCUGACGGAGCGGGUGGAGGAGCUGAAGCAGGAUAAGAAGCGUCUGGUGGAGGAGUACGAGGCCAAGCUCAGCAAGGCUCAGGCGUUCUACGAGCGCGAGCUGGAGGCCAUGAAGAGAACCCAGCAGCUGACCUCCGACAACCUGCUGGCGUGGAAGAAGACCGAGGCCGAGUUGCGGCGGGAGUUCCAGACGCAGGAGGCGUCGCUGCAAAAGACCCUGAGCAAGCUGAGGGCCGAGCUGCAGCGAGUGCAGGAGGAGUCGAGGGACAACAGGGAGAAGGCUCAGAAGCUGCAGGCCUCCCUCGCCGCAGCCGAGAACAACGUCAAGGAUCUCACCAAACAGCUGGAUGAGGUGACCCAGGAUUCAGAGAUAGUGGAGAUUCGUCAGAAGGAGUCUGAGUGCGAGCUGGAGGCGGCCAGAGACCGAGUACAGCAGCAGGCCACGGAGAUCCUCCUCAAAGCCAGCCACAUCGGUAGCCUGCAGGCGACUCAGAUGACCCAGGAAGCGGCUAUCCGAGACCUGGAGUCGGAGAGGAGCCGCCUGAAAGACAAAGUGCUGCGUCUGGAGGAGGAGAGAGGAGCCCUGCAGACCAAGAACCAGGUCCUGGAUGAGAGGCAGAGGCAGCAGACCCUCUCCCUGGAGAAGACUCUGCGGGAGGAGAAGCAGAUAUACGAGAAGGAGAUGAUGAACUUGCGCUCCAAGUAUGAGGAGGACGCCGCCCACUUCAAGGAGAGUCAGACCCGAGCGCUGGAGGAACUGUCCAAGAAACACAGGCUGACCCUGGAGAACACCCACACUGCUGCAGAGAAAGACAAAAGCAGGCUACUGGCUGAGAUGGAGCAGAAGUUUGAGAGGGAGCGCCUCUCAUUGGAGGAGCAGAAGACCCUCCUCCGACAGCAGCUGAAUGACCUGAGGGAGGAGCUUACCUACAAACUCAACCAAGCCAAUCAGGAGGUGUGUCGGCUCCAGGAGGAGGUGAAGGCGGGGGAGGAGGGCAUGGGCUCUGCUGAGGGCCACAUCUCCUCCCUGAAGGAGGCGCAGGACAAGCUGCUGGAGGAGCUGGAUGCCACCAGAGCCAGGCUUCGAGAGACCAGCAACCUGCUGACGGCCCUGCAGGGUGAGAUGGAGACACAGAAGAGGCAGCAUGAGGCCAAACUCCUCUCCACCAAAGAGGAGGAGAAGCUUAAGAUGGACAAAAUGGCCUUGGAGCUGGAGCUGAAGUGGACAGAGACAUUGAGGCAAGAGUGUAAGAAGUUGCGUGAGGAGUUAAGAGAGGUUCAUGAGGAGAACAGGCAGGUCGCCCUGGCACAGCUGGCACAAACAAAGGAUCAGGAGAUGAGCACCGCUCGGGAAGGCUGGCAGAGGAAAGUGGAGGACUUACUGGAGCAGAUCUCCCGGCUGAAGCAGAGCCUGGAGAUGCAGCUGUCCCAGUCGCAGAGCUCCCUGCAGCAGCUGCAGCAGCAGUUCAGCCAGGAGCGGGAGCACCUGAGGCAGCAGCUGGACGAGCUGCAGACGGAGCACCAGCGGCGGGAGCAGCGGCUGCAGGAGGCGCACUGCUGCGCCAUGCAGGACCUGGAGCACGCCCGCCAGCACAACCUCAAGGAGCUGGAGGAGCGUCUGAGGCAGCACCACCACAUGGAGCUCCAGUCUCUGAGAGAGGCCCACAGACAGAGCAUCGAGACCCUGAAGCAGCAGUCGGAGCAGGAGCUGCAGACUCUGCGCUUUGAGCUGGAGGACGAGGGCAAAGCCAUGCUGGCCUCCCUGAGGUCAGAGUUGAACCACCUCCACGCGUCGGCCAUCGAGCACCUGCGUCAGACCCACCAGCAGGAGACGGCGGCUGCUAAGCUGGAGCUGGAGAACGCCCUGGAGCAGAGCCGAGUACAGGAGCGGGAGCUGCUGGGCCGUAUCUCAGGCCUGCAGGAGGAGGUGGUCUGGAGGAAGCAGCACAUCGCCGAGCUGGACCACGAGAUCCACACCCUGAAUGAGAACAUCAGCACCCUGACCAAGGAGCUGGAGCUGAAGGGCAAGGAGGUGCUGAAGAUCCGAAGCGAAGCCAACCAGCAGAUCAGGGCUCAUGAGCAGGACCUCAGCAGGAAGCAGGAGAGAGAGCUAGCCGAGUUCCACGCGCACCACAGCCGGGAGACCCAGAACAUGCUGUCUGACUUCAACAAGGCAGAGCUGCUCAAGGACAAGAUAUCAGCCCUGCAGAUCCUGCUGGAAGGAACAGAAGACAAGUUCAGGAACAGAGAGAGUCGUCCAGAGGACCUGCAGGUCAUCGCUGAGCUCAAGGAGAUGGUGGCAGAGAGAGAGUCCCUGGUUAAGAAACUGGUGGACGAUAAGAAGUUUUACCAGCUGGAGCUGGUGAACAGAGAGACCAACUUCAACAAGGUGUUUAACACCAGUCCCAAUGUUGGUGUCAUCAACCCCCUGAUCAAGCAAAAGAGAAAGAAUGAGAAAUCCGCCACCAGAUUCAGCAGCUCUCCCAACCUGCGGGCGGCGGAGCUGGCGGGCGCGGGCACGGGAAGUGGGCAGCAGCAGCCCCAGCCCAACCGCCUAGAGCCCAUCCCCAACUCCCCCUUACACCACCUAGAGCUCAACACGAGCAAGCCUCUGCCCCCGCCAACCCCACCCUCCGAGCCCAAGAAAUUCAUGAGCCCUCCUGAGACUGAGGAAUCCCCAGACUCUGACCCACAGCGCCAGGAGUGGUUCGCACAGUACUUCACCUUCUGACCUCCCUCAGAUACAGCAUGGCAACCAAACUAUGAAGAAACAAAACAGAAGAAAUAGACUAAAAAAGAAGUUAUCACUCCAUUCGUUCAUUUUGUUGAUUAAUUAAGUACAUUCUCUGUGGAUGGGUUUCUUAGUACAGUAAUUAUAUGUUUAUUUUAGUUCUUUAUUUUUUGUCGUUUCUCUGAGUGCUGCGUUCUGCUGCUGAUCAUCAUCAUUAGUUGGGUUGAGUAAUAUGGUAUCUUGUCCUCUGUACCUGGUUUAGAAUGACACAGUGGUUAAACUUUGUUACAGCCGCAUUUAAGCAAUUUUGGUAGAAUUAAAUUGUUUGUAUUGUCGUCUGUCUCAACACAGAUAUAAUGAUGUCUCACCAAUUUUCAAAAGAAAAAUCGCAUAUUUUAUAUUUAUAUUAUACUGUAUGCCUAACUAAUAAAUUAUUGUAACAUUUACUCCG